UCAAAAUAUCAGCACCUCUCCUCCUCCCCUCCCUUUCAAACUAUAUGAUGCUGAUCAUCACCAAUACAACACUCAGAAACGAGCUGGAAGUCAUCAGUUCCUAAGUCAAAGCUCUCAGCCUGAACUUACAUAUACAGAUUUCUACUUUAAAACCUUCUUUUCUUCCUUCAUUUGAGCGACAUGACUGGAACAGCAGUGGUUCUGAUGAGUCUGGUCCUCAUCCUCUCUGUAGGUGCAGAGGAUAAAUCAAGACUCUACCGCAGGCCUGCAUGUGGGGGUCUGAGUGUCAGUCAAGCAUGCCCUCUCAACUACUCUCCUGUAUGUGGUAAUGAUGGCAUCACAUACGUCAAUGAAUGCACCCUGUGUGUGCAGAGAAUGCACACUAAUGCAGACAUUUUGAUUGUGAAAGAAGGCCGCUGCUGAGGUGGAAGACCUUAUGAUAUCAUCACUUUGCUUUUUAUAUCUAUGUUUGUUUAAGAGUGUUGCUUGCUCUGCACAUCCAUAGGAUGUGAUCAGUAUACCUAUAAACAAUAGAUUUGUGAAAACCUACCACAUUCAGCUUCAUGACAUCUGAGUGACUCAUGAAGUGACUCACUGAGUAAAUAGUGCAGAGUGUUUGUUUUUCUAUUCAGUCAUUUUUUUUAACAAUACUGUCCUGUCUUUCUCUUUCCAUAUUACAAAUUUCUCCCAUUAUUUCUGUAGGAACUGCUCUGAGUGCAAUGUUUUAGGGGUGAAGUUUUGGAGAUAC